AUGUGAUGUAAAAAUUACAUUGGAACUUUUUUCCUUGUGUGCUGAUCCUCAGAUCCAUUGUAAUACACCGAGAAUCAUCCACUUUUUUGCGAUAAUGAUCCGGAAAUUUUAAUCAACAAGCGUGUCCGAAAGCCAGUCGAGUUGGGAAAGUCUAUUGUCGGGAUCCCGUCAAUAACUCAAAUCAGAGAUGUAGCCUCUGUCUAUAUCUGUCCUCAGACAUUUAAGGCCCACCAUGCUGCUCUAUCUGCUGCUGGUCUUUCAAGCCAAUGCCAAUGCCCAGAUCGACCCAGCACACUGCCGCUACCCUCUUGGCAUGGAGGAUGGCAGGAUCAAAGACCAUGACAUCACCGCCUCCAGCCAAUGGUACGAGACCACUGGGCCACAAUAUGCCAGGUUGAACCGGGAGGAGGGUGACGGGGCGUGGUGCCCAGCGGGGCUCCUACAGCCCUCUGACACCCAGUACCUGCAGGUCGACCUGGGCCAGCUCACCUUCCUGACAGUGGUGGGAACACAGGGCCGCUAUGCCCGGAACUCGGGUAAAGAAUUCGCCCGCAUGUACCGCCUGAACUACAGCCACGACGGCCAGCUCUGGAGAUCCUGGAAGAAUCGCCUUGGCAAUAAGACGAUGGAGGCGAAUGACAACGCCUAUGUCUCUGUGAUCAAAGACCUUCACCCGCCCAUCAUCAGCCGCUACAUCCGUCUCAUCCCUGUCACCAAGAUGCCCACCACUGUGUGUAUGAGACUGGAGCUGUACGGCUGCCCCUGGCACGAUGGCCUGACGUCAUACAGCUCUCCUGAAGGUCAGCUGAUGAUGCCUCCUGGGUAUCCCAUUGCCAGCCUCAAUGACUCCACAUACGACGGCGCCCACGAACGAAGGAAACUGUCUGGGGGGUUGGGUCAGCUGACGGAUGGUGUGACUGGUCAAGAUGACUUCCUGGUGACGCGGCAGUACCAUGUAUGGCCUGGAUACGACUAUGUGGGCUGGAGGAACGGGAGUCUGGGCUCUGGCUAUGUGGAGAUGGAGUUUGUCUUUGACAAGCAAAGGAACUUCACCUCCAUGAAGGUGCACAGUAACAAUAUGUUCUACCGCGGGGUGAAGAUCUUCUCCUCCGUGUCCUGCUCUUUCAAGCCUCGUCUCAUUGCUAACUGGGAGACCGAGCCGGUGGAGUUCCGUACGGUGCUGGACGACCGCAACCCCAGCGCUCGCUAUGUGACCGUGCCUCUGGGACGCCGUAAUGCCAAGGCCCUGCGCUGCCGCUUCCACUUCGCUGAUGUGUGGAUGAUGUUCAGCGAAAUCUCCUUCCAGUCAGCAGACACCGUGAUUCCUACUCAGAUAACCCUGGCGGUGACAUCCCCUUGGCCCAAGGAGGAGAGCUCCAUGCCCACCACCCACAAGACUGUGACAACCCCAUCAACCAAGGACCAACCGGAUGAUGGGAACACCCCUAUUCUGAUUGGCUGUCUGGUGACGAUCAUCCUGCUGCUCGUGGUGAUCAUCUUCCUGAUCUUGUGGUGCCAGUAUGUGUGCAAGGUGCUGGAGAAGGCUCCACGCCGUAUCCUCGAGGAGGAGGUCACCGUGCGCCUGUCCUCCAGUAGUGACACCAUCAUUCUGCAGACCCCUCCCGUGCCCCCCCGGGUCUCUCAGAUGGACCACCCGUACGAGCGCGUCUUUCUCCUGGACCCUCAGUACCAAGACCCAGCCGGCCUCAGGAACAAGCUGCCUGAACUGUCUCGGAGUGCAGAGACCUCAGCGUGUGGUGGGGGCUAUGCGGAGCCCGAUGUCACCCAGUGCACGCCUCAUCAGUGCUUCCAGAGCAGCGUGCCGCACUACGCCGAGACGGACAUCGUAAGCCUGCAGGGUGUGACAGGCAGUAACAUGUACGCCGUGCCCGCGCUCACCGUCGACUCGCUCACCCGCAAGGACAUCUCCGUGGCAGAGUUCCCCCGUCACCGGCUGCUCUUCAGGGAGAAGUUGGGGGAGGGGCAGUUUGGAGAGGUCCACCUGUGUGAGGCUGAGGGUCUGCCUGAGUUUCUGGGGGAGGGCGCCCCCCUUCCCGACCGAGACGGACGGCCUGUACUGGUGGCGGUGAAGCAACUGAGGGCAGACGCCACCAACAACGCCAGGAACGACUUCCUGAAGGAGAUCAAGAUCAUGUCGAGGCUCAACGACCCCAACAUCAUCCAGUUGCUGUGUGUGUGUGUGAGCUCAGACCCACUGUGCAUGGUGACUGAGUACAUGGACAACGGAGACCUCAACAUGUUUCUGUCACAGAGAGAGAUGGAGAGCACCCUGACCCACGCCAACAACAUCCCCGCAGUCAGCUUGUCAGAUCUCCUGCACAUGUCAGUGCAGAUCUCGUCCGGCAUGCGCUACCUGGCCUCUCUGAACUUUGUGCACCGAGACCUGGCCACACGCAACUGCCUGCUGGACCGCAGACUCACCAUCAAGAUAGCAGACUUCGGCAUGAGCAGAAACCUGUACAGCAGUGACUACUACCGCAUUCAGGGGCGAGCUGUGCUGCCCAUCCGUUGGAUGGCCUGGGAGAGCAUUCUACUGGGUAAGUUCACCACAGCCAGUGAUGUGUGGGCCUUUGGCGUCACCCUGUGGGAGAUCUUCACUCUGUGUAAAGAACAGCCUUACAGCCUACUGUCAGACGAACAGGUCAUCGAAAACACUGGCGAGUUCUUCCGGAACCAGGGCAGACAGAUCUUUCUAUACGCCCCACUGCUCUGUCCUCCCUCUCUAUUUGAGCUGAUGAUGCGUUGUUGGGACCGCGACAUCGCUGAUCGACCCACCUUCGAGGGGUUGUACCAGGCCUUACGACCACACGUGGUCCAGUGAACUUUGAACCCUGGCACAACCAACGGGCUGUCCUGAGUGAGAGGUCUAUUUAGCCUGAAUUCUCUUCUCUUAACCCCUCUGACUGACAGACAGAUGGACAGACGGACAGACAGAGAGACAGACAGGCAGACAGACAGACAGCGGGGAGGACUGGAAGAGGAUGCAGCGAUGUUGUCAUUUUAAGAGAGCAGGAAGUGGGUUGAGGUUAUCACUUCCAGAAUGUGGGCCAUUUCUUUCAUAUUUCACAUUCUUCAGUGAUGGACCUGAAUCAUUUGAAAUCCAUGAAAAAAAGCUCUCACCCUUUUUGUCUGUUGAUGGUUUGUGUAAAUUGAAUUCUGUUCAUCCAUCUUUAUACAGUAAUUUGUGUUUUCAUGUUGAUUUUGUAUGGUAGGCCUACCAAAGAAAACAUAAUGUCCCUAAUACCUGGCCUAGUAAGAAAUCGACAACUGGACAAAUG